GAACUGUAACCGACUGUAGCUCGUGCAGCGCUGUGUGAGCGUUUACUUGUUUAUUGUCGCGACACCGCCGUAAUAAAGUACACUAUUCAACAAAACCUCAGGCGAAUUUGCUGCUGUCAGCGUCGAGCAACUUUCCCCGGUAUCCGUCUUGUGAGUGACACUCAGCGGGGACCGUUUACCGUCGCGAGCUGUCGAGGCUAAGCUAGCUCAACUGUAAGCUCCACAGCCACCCCGGACGAUGGCGGUCCCUCUACAGCGCCCCCACGUGGUCUGUGUGCUGCUGUGCUGCUUGACCACUGGCCUGUCCAUCCCGGACCCCAGGCAGAGGGAGGCCCUCAUAAAGCAGGAGGCCUCCAUGCAGACGGGCGGGCAGGUGGUGCUGACGGACGCUGAGCAGCGGCUGGACGACCUCCUGGUUAAAAUGAAGCAGGAGGAGAUGGCAAAGGCGGACUUUCCUCCGUCCAUGCACUUCUUCAAGGCCAGGGACCUCAUCAGGAGCAGUCCCAUCUUCAGUCUGCUGCAAAAGAUGCCUAAAGGCGGCGCUCUCCACCUUCACGACUUGGCCAUAGUCGACGUCGAGUGGCUGGUGAAGAACGUGACGUACCGGCCGCACUGCUACAUGUGCCUGACCGACGACCGCUCCAUCAGAUUCGUCUUCUCGUCUCAGCAGCCCAAACCUCUGCUGCACUGCUCUACCUGGAUGCUGCUGGAAGACCUCAGAGCCAAGAUGGCCAACGUCACAGACCUGGACAACAGCAUCAGGGGCAACCUGACGCUCUUCACUGACCAAGAUCCGGAGGUGGCGUACCCCAGUCAGGACGUGGUGUGGAAAAUAUUUGAGCAGAAGUUCCAGGCGCUGUGGGGUCUGGUCACAUACGUUCCUGUGUUCAAAGACUAUUUCUACCAAGGCCUCAGCGAGUUCUACGUGGACAAUGUCAUGUAUCUGGAGCUGCGGGUUCUGCUUCCAGAGCUGUACGAGUUGGACGGCUGCUCUUAUGACAAAGCCUACACUCUGAAGACCUACCAGGAUGUCACCAAGCAGUUCAGAGCAAACCACCCGGACUUCUUUGGAAUGAAGGUCAUCUUCACGGUCCACAGGCAAGUAAACGCAUCAGUGAUGACUGGAGUUGUUGAGGAGGCCAUGAAGCUGCAGAAGGACUUCCCAGACUUCAUGGCUGGUUUUGACCUGGUGGGUCGGGAGGAUAGCGGCAAACCCCUGUGGUAUUUCAGAGAUGCCUUGUCGCUGCCUGCAGACAGAGGCGUCCCGAUGCCGUUCUUUUUUCAUGCUGGAGAGACGAAUCUCCAGGGCACAGAGGUCGAUGAGAACUUGUUGGAUGCUCUACUUUUGAACACGUCCCGUAUAGGACAUGGAUUUGCACUACCUCGCCAUCCGCUGGCCAAAGACAUGUCCAGGAGGAGAGGGGUCGCUCUGGAGGUGUGCCCCAUCUCCAACCAGGUGAUGAAUAUGGUGAAAGAUUUACGAAAUCAUCCGGCAGCUGCACUGAUGUCAGAGGAUCACCCGAUGGUCAUCAGCUCCGAUGAUCCCGGCAUCUUUGGUGCCUCUGGCCUCUCUUAUGACUUCUACAUAGCUUUUGUGGGUUUUGGAGGCAUUAGAUCCCAUGUGGGCUCUCUUAAACAGCUGGCCAUAAACUCUAUCAGGUACAGCGCUUUGAGUCAGAAGCAGCAGGAGGAAGCCCUGGCUCUGUGGCAGACAAAGUGGAAUAAGUUUGUCUCUGAAAACGCCUUUUAGAGAGAGACUGGCAUUUUCAAACGUUAAAAAUGCUGCGAUUGUAGGGCAGUCUUCGUGCUUUGCUUUUGUGAAAGGAAAGGCUCGUCGCAGGUGAAUUAUAAAUUGAAAUGUGAAAAAUAAAUACUUGUUGCGCAGCUGCUGGGAAACACGCAUAUAGGACAACAGGAUGAGCUGUUAGAUGUCCUGCACAUAUGAGAGGCUUACUGUGUCUAGUUUAAUUUAAAACUUUUAAGAACUUGCACUUUAUGAUUUAGAUUAGCCUGUGUUGUCUGUGCCUUGGGAGACGCCAACAGUGCCGUGCUGUGGCUGAUGUGCGAAAUGUGAUGAGUGUUCAAAAGGGCUGUCAAAUCCUGUGUGCUUUAAAAUGCUGUUAUGGGGAGAUUUUUACGUAGUUUUAUAGGACUUUUACUUGGAUGUAACUUAGAUUUUUAGCUGUCGUGGGUUUUUAAAAACAAAAAAAAGUAACGCAUCUGCCUUAUGUCGUUGUUCUGAAGCAGUGAUCACGAUUCUCUGAGCUCAUGCAGAAAUAUUUAAAUGUGAACUGUGCAAGCUAAAUAUGACACAAUUAAAAACAACUGUUGACGUA